GUAUGUUAGUAUGAGAGGUGUUAAGAAUUAGGUUAGUUAGAGUAGGCGAGGCGCUUUUUGCGCUAUUAUUUUAUCCAAAAAAAUUCAGAACCUUUAAUCUUUAACUAUUAUAAUUGCCAAUAGAGCGAGCAGUGGCGUGCGUGCGCCAAGGAGAGCCAAGAACUACGCUUCAUAGUCAUUAAAAAAAACUUUGAAGAAUUGACCUUGAACACUUUGGAUUUGAUUCAGAAUAAUAAUUUUUGGAGUUUAGUUCCGUAAAUUUUCGUAAGUCACGCAGCCAAUCCUUUGUGUCACGCUACCUUAACCGCGGCUCAAGUCAGCGGUGUUACAGGAUGCCAACAUGGCGGACGCGCAGUGUAGUUGCGGGUUUCUGUGUUCUUAUGGUAAUAACUACGCUAACAAACAAGUAUGUUCUGUCUAUCCUGAAGUUCACCUACCCCACAAUAUUUCAGAGUUGGCAGUCAGGGACUAUGGCUGUGGUUUUAUUGAGUCUCCAUGUGCUUGGUUAUAUAAACCUGGAUUUAUCAGUUAACAGGGAUAUCCUAAUUUCCUGGUUUCCAGGCACUGUGUUUUUUUCUGGUGCAAUCUAUGCUGGCUCAAUUGCACUGUCUAGACUGUCUGUUCCAGUUUUCUGUGCACUGCAGUAUGGGUCAUUUGUGGUAAUGACAUUAGUUGACUGGUUAGUCUUCAACAGAAUUGAGCAAUUUUCUAAACUUGCAUGGCUAUUACUAUCAGCAGUUGCAGUUGUUGGAGUAGUUCAAACAGACCCUAAGUAUGAUCAGAUGGGCUACCGCUGGAUGUUAGUACAUUGUACAUUUACAGGGGCCUACUUGGCAUUUGAAAAGUCAAAAAAGUCACUGCAACUCAGUGAUCUGAAUAAAAUAUUUUAUAAUACAUUCUCAAGCGUGGUUUUACUUAUGGGGAUAAGUAUUGGUGGAGGGGAACUGUACAAAGUCAUAGAAUUCCCAUUCUUAUAUACACGGGAGUUUCACAUAGGCUGCAUUAUAAGUGGAAUAUUUGGGGCUGUCGUCGGUCUUCUAGGCACCAAUCUUUCAAACACAGAGGUUGGCCCCUCUCAACCCUUAAUUAGCAGUAUUAUAAAGGUUGCUGUUGCAGUCACAUCACUAGCAUUCUACAAAGCAAGUUAUACUUUGAACUUAGGACUUUUUAUUAUUUUGGGACUGGCAAGUGGUGUCAUGUACUCUUAUAGUCCUGAUUUAACUGUCAGCAAUGGUGACAAAAUGAGAGAGGCUCAGAUUUAAGUAAUCUAACAGCAAAUGACAGGUCUGCAUCUUUCAGUCACAUGUGCACCCUGCACCUUUAUUUUGAUUACAGUACAAGUUGCAACUGUUUUUAGUGGACAAUCACCAGCUUUAGAUCAGUUGAUUGCCUUUCUAGUCAUCUCACUUUAAGAGGUUGUAGACCAAA